UGCUCUCCCUCAGUCCCCGGCUCCUCUCCCUCUUUCUCCCUCUCCUCCUCUCGGGCGGAGGCGCCCACCGCGGCGGCCCAGCGGGGACCGGCCCAGCAGGGACCGGCCGCACCGCAGGACCCCACCACUCCUCAUGGCUCCCCUGGCCUUGGUAGGGUUUGUGCUCCUUCUGGGGGCACCCCACUGCAUGGGGGAGGCCACUCCAACGCCUUCCCUGCCACCUCCCCCUGCUAACGACAGCGAUGCCAGCCCAGGUGGCUGCCAAGGUUCCUACCGCUGCCAGCCAGGGGUGCUGCUGCCUGUGUGGGAACCUGACGACCCAUCACUGGGAGACAAGGCUGCAAGGGCCGUGGUGUACUUUGUGGCCAUGGUCUAUAUGUUCCUGGGCGUAUCUAUCAUUGCUGACCGCUUUAUGGCGUCCAUUGAGGUCAUCACGUCUAAGGAGAAGGAGAUUACCAUCACCAAGGCCAAUGGGGAAACCAGCGUGGGCACUGUGCGCAUCUGGAAUGAGACCGUGUCCAACCUCACACUCAUGGCUCUGGGCUCCUCAGCACCUGAGAUUCUGCUGUCUGUCAUUGAGGUCUGUGGCCACAACUUCCAGGCGGGUGAACUGGGCCCAGGUACCAUCGUGGGCAGCGCUGCCUUCAAUAUGUUUGUGGUCAUUGCUGUGUGUGUGUAUGUCAUCCCGGCUGGCGAGAGCCGUAAGAUCAAGCAUCUGAGGGUCUUCUUCGUUACGGCCUCCUGGAGCAUCUUUGCCUACGUCUGGCUUUAUCUCAUUCUAGCAGUUUUCUCCCCAGGCGUGGUCCAGGUGUGGGAAGCGCUGCUGACACUGGUCUUCUUCCCGGUGUGCGUGGUGUUCGCCUGGAUGGCGGACAAGCGACUGCUCUUCUACAAAUAUGUGUACAAGCGCUACCGCACCGACCCGCGCAGUGGAAUCAUCAUUGGGGCAGAGGGCGACCCGCCCAAGAGCAUCGAGCUGGACGGUACAUUCGUGGGCACUGAGAUCCCAGGUGAGCUGGGCGCGCUGGGCACGGGUCCUGCCGAGGCACGUGAGCUGGACGCCAGCCGGCGUGAGGUCAUCCAGAUUCUUAAGGACCUGAAGCAGAAGCACCCGGACAAGGACCUGGAGCAGCUGGUGGGCAUCGCCAAAUACUACGCACUGCUGCACCAGCAGAAGAGCCGUGCCUUCUACCGCAUCCAGGCCACACGGCUGAUGACAGGCGCGGGCAACGUGCUUCGAAGACACGCUGCAGAUGCAGCCCGCAGGCCCGGGGCCAACGACGGCACGGCCGAGGACGAGGAUGACGGCGCCAGCCGCAUCUUCUUUGAGCCCAGCCUCUACCACUGCCUGGAGAACUGCGGGUCGGUGCUGCUGUCGGUGGCCUGCCAGGGCGGUGAGGGCAACAGUACCUUCUAUGUGGACUACCGCACAGAGGACGGCUCUGCCAAGGCAGGAUCAGACUAUGAGUACAGUGAGGGCACGCUGGUGUUCAAGCCCGGAGAGACGCAGAAAGAGCUGCGCAUCGGCAUCAUCGACGACGACAUCUUCGAGGAGGACGAGCACUUCUUCGUGCGGCUACUGAACCUGCGUGUGGGCGAUGCUCAGGGCAUGUUCGAGCCCGACGGCGGCGGACGGCCCAAGGGGCGGCUAGUGACGCCGCUGCUGGCCACCGUCACCAUCCUGGACGACGACCACGCGGGCAUCUUCUCCUUCCAGGACCGCCUACUGCACGUGAGCGAAUGCAUGGGCACCGUGGACGUGCGCGUGGUGCGCAGCUCAGGAGCGCGGGGCACCGUGCGCCUCCCCUACCGCACAGUGGACGGCACGGCCCGUGGCGGCGGCGUGCACUAUGAGGACGCUUGUGGAGAGCUGGAAUUCGGCGAUGACGAGACCAUGAAGACCCUUCAGGUCAAGAUAGUGGACGACGAAGAGUACGAGAAGAAAGACAACUUCUUCAUCGAGCUCGGCCAGCCCCAGUGGCUUAAGAGGGGCAUCUCAGCUCUGCUGCUCAACCAAGGAGAUGGGGACAGGAAGCUGACCGCCGAGGAGGAGGAGGCCCGGAGAAUAGCGGAGAUGGGCAAGCCAGUUCUUGGGGAGAACUGUCGUCUUGAGGUCAUCAUUGAAGAGUCUUAUGACUUUAAGAACACAGUGGAUAAACUUAUAAAGAAAACGAACCUGGCCUUGGUGAUUGGGACUCAUUCGUGGAGGGAGCAGUUUUUAGAGGCAGUUACGGUGAGCGCAGGGGACGAGGAGGAAGAGGAGGACGGGUCUCGAGAGGAGCGGCUGCCAUCCUGCUUUGACUACGUGAUGCACUUCCUGACGGUGUUCUGGAAGGUUCUGUUCGCCUGCGUUCCUCCCACGGAGUACUGCCAUGGCUGGGCCUGCUUUGGCGUCUGCAUCCUGGUUAUUGGUCUGCUCACUGCCCUCAUUGGAGACCUGGCCUCCCACUUUGGGUGCACAGUGGGCCUCAAGGACUCAGUCAACGCCGUGGUCUUCGUAGCCCUGGGCACCUCCAUCCCUGACACGUUCGCCAGCAAGGUGGCCGCGCUGCAGGACCAGUGUGCGGACGCGUCCAUCGGCAACGUGACCGGCUCCAACGCGGUGAACGUGUUCCUGGGUCUGGGUGUGGCCUGGUCGGUGGCCGCGGUGUACUGGGCGGUGCAGGGCCGCCCCUUCGAGGUGCGUACUGGCACGCUGGCCUUCUCGGUCACCCUCUUCACCGUCUUCGCCUUCGUGGGCAUCGCGGUGCUCUUGUACCGGCGCCGGCCACACAUCGGCGGAGAGCUGGGCGGCCCGCGGGGACCCAAGCUGGCCACCACUGCGCUCUUCCUGGGCCUCUGGUUCCUUUACAUUCUCUUCGCCAGCCUCGAGGCUUACUGCCACAUCCGGGGCUUCUAGGGCCCUAGCCACCGCCCUGAGGUUGGGGACUCGAUGGCAUUUGCUCUUGGACCCACCUCUGUCUCUGUCCAGACUCAGCCUGGGCCCCCUGGGACUCCUCUCCUAGGCUCCCUCCUCGCCAGCCCUCUUCCUGGGAUCAGCCUCCCUUCCUGCCUGGAUCCCAUCCCUCGACUUCCCUUCUCAGCGGCAUCCUGCUCCAGCCCAUCCCUUGUAAGUGACAUCUGAAAUCUGAAGCCAGGCACCCACCCACUAGACACCACCUUCUCUGCCUCCCUGGACACCCAGUCUGACUCUGUCCUCCCGUGUCUCCGUCCACCUUCCCCAGCCACGACCUUCCAUCUGGGCCUCCGGGCCUUAGAACAUCUCCCCAGGUACCUGAGAGGGAGGCUGUGCCGUCCCAGGAUGCUACCCAUCCCUGCCCUUACCCCCAACCCUCAGGGAGCAACUUUCAGUCCCCAGGGGAAUGAAUAAGUGGGUGUGUACAAGAGGGGGGGGCGGGCACACACUUUUCCUGACUUCUCCCAUUCAGAGGCUUGGAAAGGGACGGUUGGAGUUUCUGUCCCCCAGGCUCAGCCGGAGGAGGCACGUCUUGAACCCACCACUUCUAACAUUCCAGCGCCCUACUCGCCCUCCACUACCUCUGGGAGCCCAGCCAUGCCUUGGAGGGAAGGGCCUGUGUGUGUACAUAGUGUGUUUGGGGGAGGGGGGACACGGGAGGGUGCAUGUCUUGGGGGAAGGGGCGUCGACAGACUUUCCCUUUGAGAGGGCAGCACGACUCGCUCAUCCUUGAGAAUCCACGUAGUGGAGGAGACUGAGAAGCAAAGGGAGUCCAGCCGACCUCCCCUGACAAUAUUCUAGAAGGUUCAUUUUGCCCUCAGUGCCAGCCAAUCCGGGCAGGACCCUCGAAGAGGAGACCGAGGGUCCCAGAGGACCAACGCUACAAGCCAGCAAACGCUGCCACAUCUCUGCCUGUUGGGGGCGGGGGUGGAGGGGAGGGUGGGGGGUCUGGGUGGGCAUUUUUAACUUUGUGGGCCGCACAUCUGUUGGUAGGCCACCUGCAUUUUCUUACUGUUGAUGUUUUCUGCCCAAAAAGACAUCCUUGGGGAAUGGGGAGUGCUGCCCACUCCUUGUGACCCUACGACCCUCAUAACCUCCUGCUUCCCCUAAGUUAUUAUUAUUAUUAUUAUUUUUGCAUUUUCUCGUCCAGUUGUGCAUCGUACCCAUUACCCACUGCACUCCUCACCCCCCUCCCCCGAUACAUCAGCAUCACCCACUGUCCCUUCUCUGUGAUUUCUGUAAAAAUUGCCAUAAAACUUUGAAAUUCUGCCUGAACAGUCCUCCCGUGGGAAGUUGGGUGCAAGAGAAGAGGGCUGAUAGCAGCUCCGAUAUCUAGGCAAUAGGAGACGGGCUAGGCAGCCUAUGCUUCUGAGUGUGAUCACAGCGUCCGCUAGCCACGCCCCCACCCAUCCGCCCAGAGCAUGCACUAGCCACGCCCCUGCUCAUCAGCCAUAGGCUUUAGUACCAUGCCCCACCCAUCAGCCAAGAGCCUAGCUCCGAUUGCCACGCCCCCUCACCAACCCCGAUCUUCUGCUGGCCACACUAUUCACCAGCCACACACUUUUCCUCUUCGUAGGGUAUUGUGGGAACACGAAAGAGGAGGACCCUAAUUUGCCUGAGCCAGAAGGAGCUGAGGUUGAUGGAGUUUCCUAAAUAAAACAGGCCACUUUCUCA